AUGCGUCCACGUCGGGGCCUCCACCACGCCGUCUCGGCGUCGGCGCCGCUCCUCCUCCUCUUCUCCGCCUCCGUCCUCCUCUCGGCCGUCCCGGCAGCAAGAGGCCAGCAGGAGACCGGUACAGCGCGAGGAGGAGUUCAGCUACUCAUGGAGCACAGCGUCAACGGCCGCCGGUACGACAUGGAGCUGCACAUGGUGCACCAGAGCGCGCAGGGAAAGGCCGCCGUCAUCGGCGUCUUGUACGAGAUCGGCGCCCGCGACCCCUUCCUCCACAUGCUGGAGCCAUACCUGGAGAUGAUCGCCCAGCAGAGGCAGAGGGAGGAGAAGGUGGGCGUGGUGGACGCCCGGGGCGCGAGGGGCAGGGCCAGCGUGUACUACCGCUACGUGGGCUCCCUCACCACCCCGCCAUGCGCCCAAGGGGUCAUCUGGACCAUCGUCAAACGGGUUCGUACUGUGUCGCGGCACCAGCUGGAACUUCUCCCAGAGGCCGUCCAC